AUGUUCGUCUGCGGACCACACAUAGUCCACGACCAGACGGACUCUGAGGACAAUAGCGAAGAUGAUCCGAUCAUACUUCUAUUGCGGCGAAGGGAGGAAUGCGAGAGGAAGGCACGAAGAGGCGAGAUGGAUCCUCGUCUGGAGUUCGCCUUUCAGCUGCUCAUCGAUGGCACCGGCUUGUCCAGACACGAAGUCAUGAACUAUGUCUUCGAAGGCAACAUGCUCGACGAGAUCAACAAAAUCUUCCUUCCGCACAUGAGGUCCAAACUGAUGUGGUUCUAUCAGGAUAUGGAAGAUAUGGAGACGUUACCGGUGCCAGAACCUAAGGUCAAUCCGAUCAGACCUCUGCAGCCGUCUACGAGCAGGACGCAAAUGACUCUUCAGCAACCAGUCAUGAAGAAGAAACUGUUCCUCACCGAUGGCUGGGAGACACCGCUCACCGGGAUUUGCAUUUACAUCUUCAGAACCAAUACCAAUAAGCAAUUACCAGAAGAAGGCUUUCACAAAGAUCUGUUCUGCGGAAAAAUAGAUGCUGAGAAAAUAGGUUUAGUUACGACGAUAGAGAGGAUAAUCGAGCAUGUCUUCAUGGAAGCCUUGGCCCAUCCGAGUCCCGAUUGCGAGGAUGACGCUGCUUCUUGUCCUAUGGUCAAAAACCAGUUGCUGCCAGGCCUGAGAUCCUUUUGCAGCGCUUUAAGAGUUUGCGAAGAAAUUUGUGGUCAAGAGAACAUAUUUGAUGAUGGUAAGUCGCUGGUAAGCAAUUUAACUUUGGACGAUGUAAAGGAGAUGGCCAAUAAGCCGGAGUCCAUUGCGGAAUUGGAGAAUCGGGUUAAAACUUGGUGCAAGAAGUUAUCUGAUGUGCUCAAGGAGAGCGAACAAAUCCGCAGAGAGAACCAUUCUUCGGGACCGCAGGACGAGCUGGAGUAUUGGAAGAAACGCGGCGCUCAGUUCUCGCAAAUCGUGGAACAUCUGCAAGAUACCGAAGUCCAGAGAACCAUCACUUGUCUGCAGUACGCACGUUCCAAAUACCUUAAAGAGUGGCGCGAAACGGACAAGAAGAUCACCUAUUGCUACAACGAGGCUAAAGACAACGCCAAAUACAUACAAGCAAUGGAGAAGAACUGUCAUUCUCUGUAUCUGGACGAUCCGGUGAAGAUGAAAGGCUCAAUUCUCGGCUUACUGCAGACAGUCAAGUUAAUCCAUACUGUCUCCCAAUAUUACAAUACCUCAGAAAGAACUUCAGCUCUCAUGGUCAAAAUAACCAAUCAAAUGAUUGAAACGUGCAAAGAUUACAUAACGUGCCGAGGUAAAGAUACAAUUUGGUCGCAGGACCGAGAUUUGAUCAAAGAAAAAUUGAUCCAUUGCAUCAACCUGAACUACGAAUACCAGAAGACAUACAAAAUCGUUAAAGCACAUCAGAUGAUCCCCGGGCACGAAUCCACGUUCAGCUUUUCCGAAAACUACGUGUUCGGUAAAUUCAACACUUUCUGCGAGAGAUUGAAGAAGAUUAUUGCGAUGUUCGAUUUAAUCAACGAUUACAACAAUUUGUUUCAACGGCGGAUGGAGGGAUUGUUGCUCGGAGAAAAUUUGGAAGAGGCAUCGAAGAAGUUUGAGGAGAUCAAAACUGGGAUAAUGAAGAAGACGUACGACUACUUGGAUCAGAGGAACGGCGAAUUUGACAAAGAUUUCACUACUUUCAUAUCGCAGACCGAUGAACUAAUCGAAUCUAUCGGUGAUAUCAUCGAGCAGAAUUUCGAUAGUGUCUGGGAGACGCCGCAAGGGAUUCGGUUUCUCACCAGGUUCGAGAAAGUCAGCGAGAUCGUGCCCUUGAAGCGAAUGGACAACAAAUACGAAAGAAUCUUGAAGCAUUGUGAGAAAGAGGUGGAGAGGAUCAUCAAAAUGUUCAGGAAGCAGAAAGAAGAUCCGCCUAUUCCAGUCUUGUUUCCACCAAUAGCUGGAAGGAUAAAGUGGGCUAAAUCCUUGAUAUCCCACCUCGAAGAGCUGAUGGACAGCGUCACCAAUCACCACGUUCUGAAGAGUUUACCUAUGACUAUAGAAUUAUCGAAAAAAUACAGGUACGCCGAUCACAUGUUGAGGAAUUACCAAGACGAUAUCAUCGCUGUCUGGAUGAACCAGCACGUCUCUGACGUCGAUAGAUGUCUGAAGAGGAAUUUGCUAACAAUUUGUCCGGAUCAGAAUAAGCUUAUGGUGAAUUUGCAUCAAACCAUUCCGUUGCUAAUUAGGGAGAGCGAUUUAAUGUUGAAGAUGGAUCUUCCGGUCCCUAUCAUCGCGCACACUUUAUUCUCAAAGCAGGAUUACUUUAACCUCUUGAAAGAUUCGCUCCAGUUCCUCAUCAAUAAUUUCAUCAAAAUCGUGAAAAGCGUUAAACUGGAAAUUCGUCCUUUAUUUCUUCCGCACUUGGACAAAUUGGUGAAGAUCAUCGAGCCUGGUUUAUCUCAACUGAAUUGGGUCUCCUCCACUUGGAAAGCGUACAUAGAUAAAUGCAACGAAGCCGUGGAUAAUUUCAAAACUUUAGUGACAAGGGUGCAUGAUGUGUACGUGAAUAGAGUCUUAGAGGUAUUGUCGCAUAUGCAGACAAUAACUUUACAUUGCAUCCCAUCACCAGGAGAUCCUCCUUGGACCGUCGAUGACUUCAUUAAUAAAACAGAGAACAUCUGCAGAUUGGCAGCCAUGGAGUUACACACGAAGAGUUUGAUGGUCGAGGAAGCCGUUGAGGAAAUCCUUCUUUUGGUCAGGAAAGCCAGAUUGGAAAAGGAUUCUUCUGAAGAGGAGUAUUUCUCUGAUACCGAACAUUUGGAAGACUAUUCAUCGACUCAACAGUCGGAUUGGAGCGUAAUAUGCGAAUGCUUCGAGAGACCGCACGGCCUUUUCGGUAAAGGUUUGACGAAAGUCAUGCAGGAUAUGGUGAAGAAUGCAGUGAACGAAAUGCGACGUUAUUACAGCAGGAAAGUCGUCGACGUUCUUGUGAAAAUCACCAGACAUUCUUUAGAUACCUUACGGAAACGAUUCUCCCUCGAUUAUGAAGAAACCAGAAGUCCCGUGUUUAUUUUAGAGGCGAUACUCAUGAUUCCCAAAGUCUCGAUACAACCCAAUCUGGAAGAUGUCCAGGAGAUUCUCAUAAUGGCUGGAAAACUGAUCACUUCGGUAUCCAAAGGCGUGGGACAAUGGACGGGAGGAAAACCUCAGACACCGCCAGCAAAAACGUCAGGUUGGAAAAAGCUUGUGGACAAAUCGAACACUUUCAUGGACGUUGUGUCUAAUUCUCGAUCGACGAAGAAAACGUUCAAGAGCGUCGCUAAAGCCAAGGAGGAGGACUUCCGGAUGCGACGGAGACGCCUUUACCGUCUGAAGACCGAAGAAAAACCGGCGUUUCCCAAUCAGCACCGGAACUUCCACAAUCACGUCAUGGAAAACAAGGAGGUGGUCAAAACGUUAUCAUUACUCUCGACUUGCGUGAAAGACAUGAAGAAGGAUAUAAACACGUUUGUUGUUGGCUGGAAACCUUACAGCGUCCUCUGGAAGAACGAGAAAACCGUGAGGGAGCUGCAAAGUAAUUGCUUAUCAGACUUCGAGGGUUAUUUGCAAAAACACAAAGAACUUGAGCUGAAGCUGGAAACGGAAUUGGAGGUGUACGGUAUAAAUAAUGCGUUGGCAAUUUACACAGAGAAAUUGAAAUUUGGUUUGAUAACUGAGAUCAAUUCGUGCACUCACAGAGUCGGACAAGCUAUGAAGAAGAAGUAUAAGAGGGAAAUGGAAUACGUUUACGCAGUAAUCAACGAGAUGGAAAGGAAAUUGGACAGGGUUAUCAGGGAUUUGGAUGAUGUCAGGAUGACUAUGGACAUAUUGAAGAAAAUCAGAGAUCAAGAGGUGGAUAUGGAGCUGAAGAUCGAACCGAUAGAAGAAGCUUUCAACGUGUUGGCAAAGCAUAACGUGAAAGUCGAAAGAGAAAUAACCGAGCAUGUCGAUAAUCUUAGAUAUACGUGGACGAAACUGUUGAAACAUUCGUUGGAAGUCCACGUGCAUCUGCUGAAGAUGCAGCCGCAAUUCGAGGCGGAGCUCAAGCAGAAUUUAGAGAAGUUCAAGCAAGAUAAAAUUAAUUAUUGCAAAGAGUACCACACGGCUGGGCCAAUGCAACCAGGCCUAUCGCCAAGAGAAGCUUCUGACAGAUUAAUCUUGUUCCAAAAUUGCUUCGAUGGAAUGUGGAGGAAGCUACAAACGUACCAAAGCGGAGAAGAACUGUUCGGGUUACCAACCACCGAUUACCCGGAUUUGGCGCAAACCAGGAAGGAAUUGAAUUUGCUGCAGAAACUGUAUAAACUCUACAACGAUGUCAUCGAUCGAGUUACCAGUUAUUACGAUAUCCCAUGGGGCAACGUUAACAUCGAGGAAAUCAACAACGAAUUGAUGGAGUUUCAGAAUCGGUGUCGCAAGUUACCGAAAGGUUUGAAAGAGUGGCCCGCAUUCUUCGCGCUGAAGAAAACCAUCGAUGACUUCAACGAUAUGUGUCCCUUGCUCGAGCUGAUGGCCAAUAGAGCGAUGAAACCUCGACAUUGGAACAGGAUCAUGGAAUCUUUGAAUCACGUCUUCGAAUUGGAAAGCGAUGGUUUCUGCUUGAAGAAUAUCUUGGAAGCUCCUUUGCUUCAACAUAAAGAAGACAUUGAGGAUAUUUGCAUAUCAGCAAUGAAAGAAAAAGACAUUGAAGCUAAACUAAGGCAGGUAACAAACGAAUGGACAAAUCACGAACUCACCUUCAUGACGUUCAACAAUCGCGGGGAAUUGCUUCUGCGAGGAGACACGACUGCGGAAAGCAUUAACCAACUCGAGGAUAGUUUGAUGAUCUUGGGUUCUUUACUCUCCAACAGGUACAACGCGCCGUUCAAGAAGCAGAUACAAAUUUGGGUUACCGAUCUAUCGAACACCAAUGAGAUCUUAGAAAGGUGGUUGCUCGUUCAAAACAUGUGGGUUUACCUUGAGGCCGUGUUCGUUGGUGGCGAUAUCGCCAAGCAACUCCCAAAGGAGGCUAAAAGAUUUUCUAAAAUCGACAAAUCGUGGCAGAAGAUCAUGCAGAGAGCGCACGAAACUCCCGGUGUUGUUAACUGUUGCGUGGGCGAUGAUUUGCUGAAGAAUUUGCUACCGCACCUGCAAGAACAAUUGGAGAUUUGCCAGAAAUCUCUAAGCGGUUAUUUGGAGAAGAAACGCAUGAUGUUCCCCAGAUUCUUCUUCGUUUCUGACCCGGCGCUUUUGGAAAUCUUGGGUCAAGCCUCCGAUUCUCACACCAUCCAAAAUCAUUUGCUAUCGAUUUUCGAUAAUACUCGUUGGGUCAAGUUCCACGACAUCGAGUACAACAAAAUUACAGCUGUUAUUUCUUCGGAGAAAGAAAUCAUACCAUUGGAGAAGGCCGUGAGAGCUGAAGGGAGCGUGGAGACUUGGUUGACUCACCUUUUGGCCACGUCCCAAUCGUCUUUGCAUUCCAUUAUAAGACAAGCAUCUUACAACAUUAACGAUCCCAAUUUCCAUUUACUAAGUUUCUUGGACAAAAUGCCUGCUCAAAUUGGUUUGCUCGGACUACAAAUGAUUUGGACACGGGACGCCGAACUGGCCUUGAUGCAAGCCAGAAUGGACAAGAAGAUUAUGUCGGAAACCAAUAACAAGUUCUUGGAAUUGCUCAACACUUUGAUAGAUCAAACCACAAGAGAUUUAACGAAGAUCGAGCGCACCAAAUUCGAAACUCUGAUCACGAUCCACGUCCAUCAACGCGAUAUUUUCGAUAUUCUGUGUCGUCUCAAUAUAAGACACGUCAACGAUUUUGAGUGGCUGAAGCAGUGCCGAUUUUACUUCAAGGAAGAACAAGAUAAAACGCUGAUCAUUAUCACGGACGUUGUGUUUUCCUAUCAAAAUGAGUAUCUGGGUUGUACGGAUCGAUUGGUUAUUACACCACUCACCGACAGAUGUUACAUAACUUUGGCGCAAGCUUUGGCCAUGAGCAUGGGAGGAGCGCCGUGCGGUCCAGCAGGAACUGGCAAAACGGAAACGGUCAAAGACAUGGGAAAAACCUUGGCUAAAUACGUCGUUGUCUUCAAUUGCUCGGAUCAAAUGGAUUAUCGCGGUUUGGGCAGAAUCUAUAAGGGUUUAGCGCAAUCUGGAUCUUGGGGAUGUUUCGAUGAGUUCAACAGAAUCGAGCUUCCUGUUCUUUCAGUAGCUGCUCAGCAAGUGGCGGUGGUUCUUUCAGCUAAGAAAGAGAAAAAGAAAACUUUUCCUUUCACGGAUGGCGAUAUCAUCGAAAUGUGCACAGAAUUUGGUAUUUUCAUCACAAUGAAUCCCGGAUACGCCGGUCGCAAAGAGCUUCCGGAGAAUCUGAAAAUCCAAUUCCGUACCGUGGCGAUGAUGGUGCCCGACCGUCAGAUCAUCAUUCGCGUGAAAUUAGCCAGUUGUGGUUUCUUGGAAAACAUUACUUUGGCAAGGAAAUUCUACACUUUGUACAAGCUUUGCGAAGAGCAACUCACCAAACAGGUGCACUACGACUUUGGUUUGAGGAAUAUUUUAUCAGUUUUGAGGAGUUUGGGAGCGGCGAAGCGCGUCAACAAUCGAGAUUCCGAAAGCACCAUAGUUAUGCGAGUAUUAAGAGACAUGAAUCUAUCGAAACUCAUCGACGAAGACGAACCACUCUUCAUUUCUUUGGUUGCCGAUCUGUUUCCAAAUCAAGUGUUAGAAAAAACAGCUUAUCCGGAAUUAGAAGAAGCUAUCAAUCAGCAAGUGGAUGAGGCCGGAUUGAUAAAUCAUCCUCCAUGGGUGUUGAAAUUAAUUCAAUUGUACGAAACGCAACGCGUGAGACACGGAAUUAUGACUUUAGGUCCAACGGGAGCUGGAAAAACUACUUGUCUGCAAAUCCUGAUGAAAUCUUUAACACAAAUGGGAUUCUUUCAUAGAGAGAUGAGGAUGAAUCCAAAAGCUAUAACAGCUUCCCAAAUGUUCGGAAGAUUGGAUGUUGCGACGAACGAUUGGACUGAUGGUAUUUUCUCUGCGAUGUGGAGGAAAACGUUGAAAUUGAAAUCCGGUGAAUACGUGUGGAUGAUUUUGGACGGUCCUGUUGAUAGUAUUUGGAUCGAAAAUCUCAAUUCCGUUUUGGACGACAACAAAACGUUGACUUUGGCAAACGGCGACAGACUUUCCAUGGCUUCGACGUGCAAAAUAAUGUUCGAACCUCAUAAUAUCGAUAACGCAUCGCCGGCCACGGUUUCUCGAAACGGUAUGGUCUACAUGAGCUCUUCUGGUCUUGAUUGGAAACCGGUCGUUGAUGGUUGGCUAAAGAAACGAAGUCUUCGCGAACAGGAGUUGUUGAGGUCUUUGUUCGAUGCUUCCUUCAAUGCGAUUUACUCAUGGAGCACCCAGAAUUUAACGUUAGUCAUGGAUGUUCUUCAGUGCAACAUCACGCUUCAAAUGUUGUCCUUGUUGGAGGGUUUAGUACCAUUGCAACACGAAGAAACAAAGGACGAGAAUGCUGAGAAUUCCGAGCACGGCGAUAUCGAUGAAGAUAUUGAGGAGGACGUGGAAAAAGAGGAAGUUCAGACGUUUACCUCUCAGCACAUAGCGAAGCUCUACGUGUUCUCUUUGAUCUGGGGCAUCGGUGCUUUCUUAGACAACAAUGACAGAAUGAAGCUGGAUGAAUUCUUUAAAGAAUCUCUGCGCGAAUUGCAGCUUCCGACUGUUGACAAUAAGUACACUAUAUUUGAUUACGUUGUGGAUGCGAAUGGUGAAUGGGAGUUAUGGAAGAGUCGUGUAAUGAAUUACGUGUAUCCGGAUCAAUCCACGCCGGAAUACUCCUCGAUCUUGAUACCAAUCAUCGAUAAUGUCCGAAUCAAUUUCUUAAUAGAUACCAUAGUUAAGCAACAGAAAGGAGCUCUUCUUGUGGGAGAGCAGGGUUCGGCGAAAACUGUAAUGAUGAAAGCGUUCAUGAAGAAGUGCAAUCCGGACGUGUAUUUGAACAGAUGCUUCAAUUUUUCGAGCGCCACGACGCCGUUCCAAUUUCAGAAAACCAUAGAGAGUUACGUGGAAAAGAGACUUGGUAACUGCUUCGGCCCAGCUAAUGGGAAGAAAAUGAUCGUGUUCAUCGACGAUAUAAAUCUUCCGGAAAUCAAUUGCUGGGGCGAUCAAAUCACCAAUGAAAUCGUUCGGCAGACCAUCGAUAUGGGAGGAUUCUAUAAUCUUGAGAAACCCGGAGAGUUCACGAGCAUCGUCGAUAUGCAAUUUGUUGCUGCAAUGGGACAACCAGGUGGCGGUCGAAAUGAUAUUCCUUCACGCUUGAAAAGACAAUUCUGCAUAUUCAACUGUUGCUUACCCACUGACACUUCAAUCGAUAAGAUAUUCAGUGUAAUCGGACAAGGGCAUUACAACGCCAAGAGAGGAUUCAGUUUGGAAGUUCGUAACUUGAUUAAAAAGCUUAUUCCAUUGACAAGAGUACUCUGGAGAACCACUCGCACGAAGCUUCUACCAACUCCAGCGAAAUUCCAUUACGUCUUCAGUCUCAGAGAUCUAUCUAGAAUUUGGCAAGGAAUGAUUGGUACUUUAUCAACUGUAAUUGAGUCUGAAGCAUGUUUGAUGGUCUUGUGGAAGCACGAAUGCACACGAGUAUUUUCUGAUCGCUUCACCCUGAUGGAGGACAAGGAUUGGUUCGACGAAGAACUGUUGAAUUUGGUCGAAACUAGUUUAGGUGCAGAAUAUAGAACCAUGACUUUACCAAGUCCAGUUUUCGUUGAUUUCAUGAGAGAUGCUCCUGAACCCACCGGAGAAGAAGGUGAAGACGCUGAUAUGGAACUUCCGAAAGUUUACGAACCGGUUAGCAACGAUUCAGAAUUAAGAGAUAGAUUGGAUAUGUUUUUGGCGCAAUUCAAUGAAAUGGUGCGGGGAUCUGGAAUGGAUUUGGUCUUCUUCCCAGACGCAAUGUUGCAUUUGGUGAAAAUAUCUAGGGUCAUCAGACAUCCAAGAGGAAACGUCAUGUUAGUUGGUGUUGGAGGAAGCGGAAAGCAAUCUUUAACAAAACUCUCCUCGUUUAUAGCCGGUUACAAAACCUUCCAGAUAUCUUUAACUCGUUCCUACAACAUAGGAAACUUCUUGGAGGAUUUGAAGAUCCUGUACAGGUCGUGCGGUUGUCAAGGUAAAGGGACAACUUUCAUCUUCACGGAUUUCGAUAUCAAAGAGGAGAGUUUCCUCGAGUAUCUCAACAAUAUUCUUUCGUCCGGCGUAAUAUCCAAUUUAUUCACCAAAGACGAACAAUCUGAAAUCAUACAGGAGGUGACUCCGUUCAUUCGCAGAGAGAAUCCAAAGAGGACGUUGAACCACGAGGUCGUGAUGGAGUACUUUAUGAACAGGACGGUGCAGAAUUUGCACGUGGUCUUCUGUUUUUCGCCGGUUGGAGAAAAGUUUAGGAACAGGGCUUUACGGUUUCCUGCUUUAAUAUCCGGAUGUACAAUAGAUUGGUUCCAGCCUUGGCCCAAAGAUGCACUAGUAUCAGUGGCUCAUCAUUUCCUCUGCAACUUCACCAUCUCGUGCACGGAUCAUGUGAAGCAAGAACUAGUCUCUGCUCUCGGAUCCAUCCAAGAUGUUGUAUCUUUAACUUCAACUGAAUACUUCCAGAGGUUCCGAAGGGCCACGCACGUUACGCCCAAAUCCUAUUUGAAUUUCAUUGCAGGAUACAAAAGUAUCUACAAGAACAAGAAGGAAGAACUCAGCAGCGGCGCUUUGCGUAUGGACACGGGCUUAGAGAAACUAGCCGAAGCUUCUAGUUCUGUGGAAACUUUGAAGCAGGAUUUGGCUGUUAUGGAAAAGGAAUUAGCAGAUGCUUCUAAAAGAGCUGAAACUGUUUUAUCUGAAGUAACGGAGCGAGCGAUGCAAGCGGAAAUCGUUAAAGAUCAAGUGCAGAAGGUUAAAGAGAAAGCCGAGAAAUUGGUCAUACAAAUAGCAGAGGAAAAGGCUUUAGCUGAAGAGAAAUUGGAAGCGGCGAAACCAGCCUUGGAAGAAGCUGAGGCCGCUUUGAAUACAAUCAAACCAGCUCAUAUUGCUACUGUCAGAAAAUUGGGAAGACCGCCACACUUGAUUAUGCGAAUCAUGGAUUGCGUUUUGAUAUUAUUUCAAAGAAAAUUACAAUCGGUCGUUGUCGAUCCUUCGGCGCAAUCUCCCAAACCUUCUUGGCCCGAAUCUCUCAAAAUGAUGGCAUCCACGACGUUCCUGCUUCAGUUGCAAAACUACCCCAAGGAUAUGAUUAACAACGAGAUGGUCGAACUGCUUGAGCCGUACUUUGAAAUGGAUGAUUACGUUAUGGACACCGCUAAAAGAGUUUGCGGCGACGUGGCCGGUCUUCUGUCUUGGACCAAAGCGAUGGCUUUCUUCCACAGCGUCAACAAAGAGGUGCUUCCGCUGAAAGCCAACUUGAAGCUUCAAGAAGCUCGUUUGAAUUUAGCCAUGGAGGAUCUGGCGAAUGCGGAACGGCAAUUGGAAGAAAGGGAGCAGUCUUUAAUGGAAGUUAAGGAUCAGUACGACAAAGCAGUGAUGGAGAAGCAGACGUUGACGGACGCGGCAAACAACUGUUUGAGGAAGAUGAACACGGCCACGGCUCUCAUCAACGGUUUGGGCGGAGAAAAGUUAAGGUGGACUUUGCAGAGUAAAGAAUUCAAAGAGCAGUUGGGACGUUUAGUUGGGGACGUUCUCCUUGCCACUGGGUUCUUAUCGUAUUGCGGACCUUACAACCAAGAAUUCCGAGCCGGUUUAGUAACAACUUGGUCGAAAAUAUUGGAACGCCACGAGAUUCCGUACACGAAGAAUCUCAAUAUCAUUAAUAUGUUAGUCGAGAACUCGACAGUGUCUGAGUGGACAUUGCAAGGUCUUCCAAACGACGAAUUGUCCGUGCAGAACGCUUUGAUAGUAACCAAAUCCAGAUCGUAUCCGCUACUAAUUGAUCCUCAAACGCAAGGGAAAAUGUGGAUCAAGAACAAAGAAAUGAAUAACAAUCUGAAAAUUACUUCGUUGAAUCACAAAUACUUUAGAACACAUUUAGAAGAUUGCUUAUCUUUAGGAAGGCCGCUGCUGAUUGAAGACAUCGACGUGGAACUUGAUCCUGUGAUCGACAACGUUUUGGAAAAGAAUUUCAUCAAAUCUGGAUCCAUUGAAAAAGUGGUGGUCGGUGAUAAAGAAUGCGACGUGAUGAAAGGAUUCAUGUUGUACAUAACAACGAAAUUACCGAAUCCUCCGUAUUCUCCUGAAAUUAGCGCUAAAACUUCAAUUAUAGAUUUCACAGUUACUAUGCUAGGAUUGGAGGAUCAACUCCUGGGUCGAGUUAUUCUGAUGGAAAAAUCCGAUUUAGAAUCGGAACGCGUUGCAUUGUUCGAAUGCGUGAUGCAAAACCAACGCAGAAUGAAAGAUCUGGAAACCAACUUAUUGUGCAGAUUGAAUUCCACUCAGGGAUCGUUGGUAGAUGACGAAGAGCUCAUUAAUGUGUUGCAGGUGACCAAAGCGACAGCUGAAGACGUUAACCAGAAGCUUUCAGUAUCUGUGCAUACAGAAAGAAAAAUUAACACAGCUCGAGAAGAGUUCCGAUCCGUUGCAGCAAGAGGAUCGAUUUUAUACUUUUUAAUCGUCGAGAUGAGCAACGUGAAUGUGAUGUACCAGAACUCGCUGAAACAGUUCUUGAACAUCUUCGAUAAUUCCAUAACAAAAUCAACGAAAAGCUCCGAUACUGACGAACGAAUCUGCAUCAUCUUAAAAUAUUUAACUUACGAGGUGUGGAAAUUUACUCAAAGAAGUUUAUACGAGAAACACAAGGCACUGUUCACUCUGAUGAUGGCCAUGAAAAUAGAUCUUCAGAAAAACGUUAUAUCGCACGAAGAGUUUCUGGCCUUCAUCAAAGGCGGAGCCUCUUUGGAUUUGAACGCUGUUACGCCGAAACCAUUCAAAUGGAUUCUAGAUAUAACAUGGUUGAACUUGGUCGAGAUCAAUAAACUGGAUACAUUCUCGAAAAUUCUUAUUAAAAUCGAGACCAACGAAAGAGAUUGGAAGAAUUGGUACGAAAAAGAACGACCCGAGGAGGAGAUAAUCCCUUGCGGUUUCGAAAAAUCUCUUGAUGUUUUCAGGAAAUUAUUAUUGAUACGUUCUUGGAGUCCGGACAGGACGUUGUCUCAAGCACGAAAAUAUAUUAUGGAUUCGCUGGGAAAUGAAUACGGUGAAGCAUGCAUUUUGGAUUUGGAAGCGACUUGGAUGGAAUCCGAACCGAGGACUCCUCUGAUUUGCAUUUUAUCCAUAGGUUCAGAUCCAUCGCCGCAAAUAACUUCUCUGGCUAAAGUUAAAGACAUGCCUCUUAAAGCGGUUUCGAUGGGGCAAGGGCAAGAGGUUGUAGCCAAAGAUAUGAUCAUGUCGGCGAUGGCGGAUGGAGGUUGGGUUCUUCUGCAGAAUAUACAUCUGUCUUUACCGUUCGCCACGGAUGUUAUGAGCAUGUUAGUGGAUACUCAAAAUGUUGAGGACAGUUUCAGAAUUUGGCUUACAACCGAGGUUCACGAGCAGUUCCCGAUAGGACUCUUGCAGAUGGGCAUCAAAUUCACCAAUGAACCUCCUCAAGGGAUCAGAGCUAGCUUGAAACGCACCUACCAGAACGUAACUCAAGAUUACUUAGAUUAUUCAGCACAGUAUCAAUGGCCUCCGCUUCUAUACGCCUUAGCCUUCUUGCACACUGUUAUACAAGAAAGAAGAAAGUUUGGACCUUUAGGAUGGAAUAUUCCAUAUGAAUUUAAUCAAGCCGAUUUCGCUGCGAGCGUACAAUUCGUGCAGAACCAUUUGGAUGAUAUGGAUCCUAAGAAGGGAGUGUCUUGGCCAACCAUGUGUUAUAUGCUAGGAGAAGUGCAAUACGGAGGAAGAGUCACCGACGAUUUCGAUAAACGACUUCUAACAACUUUCACACAAGUAUGGUUCUGUGAUGUUCUGUUGAGACCUGGCUUCGAAUUCUACAAAGGCUACAAAGUUCCUCAAACCAGAAACCUGCAAGGCUAUCUGGAUUACAUCUACAGUUUACCGUCAACUGAUUCUCCUGAAGUGUUUGGGCUACAUUCAAAUGCUGAUAUUACUUAUCAAAUAAACACAGCUAAAGGUAUAUUGGAUACGAUUUUAAGUGUGCAACCUAAAGAGGGGGGAAAUCAAGGUGGUGAAACGCGUGAAAGUAUUGUCUAUGCUUUGGCCGAUGAUAUGCUGGAAAAGCUGCCGAAUCAAUACAACAAUUUCGAGGUAAAGGAAGCUUUGCAAAGGAUGGGACCUUUGUUGCCAAUGAACAUAUUCCUCAGGCAAGAAGUCGACAGAAUUCAAAACGUUAUAAAAGAGGUUCAUUCUACUCUAAGUGAUUUAAAGUUAGCAAUUGAUGGCACGAUUGUUAUGAGUCAGAGCUUAAGAACGGCUUUGGAUGCUAUGUACGAUGCAAGAAUCCCAGAACGUUGGCUGAAGGUUUCGUGGGAAUCGGCAACUCUUGGGUUUUGGUAUACGGAGCUUCUGGAGAGAGAUGCUCAGUUCAGAAGUUGGUGUAAUAAAGGUAGACCCAACGUCUUCUGGAUGACAGGUUUCUUCAAUCCUCAAGGUUUUUUAACGGCGAUGCGACAGGAUGUUACAAGAGCCCACAAAGGAUGGGCUCUAGAUUCGGUCGUGUUACAAAACCACAUUACAAAGUACAACAAAGAGGAUCUCAAGGAUGGUCCUGCGGAGGGCGUGUACGUGCAUGGAUUGUUCUUGGAAGGCGCUAGCUUGGAUAGGAGAUCUGGCAAACUCAUAGAAAGCAAACUGAAAGUUCUUUACGAGCAGAUGCCAGUAAUUUUCAUAUUCGCAAUUAACACGACGGCUGGAAAAGAUCCGAAACUAUACGAAUGUCCAAUAUACAGAAAACCGCAGAGAACCGAUCAAAAAUACGUAGGAUCCAUAGAUUUCGAAACGGAUCACAACCCCAGACAUUGGACACUUCGAGGGGUGGCUUUACUAUGUGAUAUUAAGUAGAUGAAACGUUACGCUUUAUUAA